GUUAGCGAUCCUGGCCGUGCUGCGACUGGAGCCACAAUCUCUGGGACUGCUGGCGCAACGGUCCGAUGCUGUCCCCUUGGCGCUGCCUUCUCUUGAUUCGCGUGGACAGAAGAGAUCUACUGGUGUGAAGAAGCGCUUGAAGACGUCACAGACCUUUGGCUGUGAUGUGGUGGAUGUGCAGUUCCAACCAGAAUUUGCUCAGCCCUGCGGCCUCUUCGUCGAAGGAUACUCGAGCGGCUCUGCUGGUGGGAGCAUUCUUGAUACCACAGAGGCUGCCACCCCUGCCGAGCCUCCACAAGGACAUGAGGCCUUUCCAGACCCAGCUUUGCCUAAGCAGGUGCCAGGCGAAGGGGAGGUGCCACCGACAGUCGCAGGGCCCAUGCCAGGGUUCAAUACAACCAUGGAAACACUGGAGAAAGAAAUGAUGGAACGGUUGCAACUGAAAAUGUUAGAACUUGAGGAAUCUUUCACACGAGAGAUCCACGAAAAGAAACGAGUAGCUGAGCAGGAGUUGGAAAAAGAGUACAAUGGCAAACGUGCCAAGCUCGAUGAAGAAAUUUUUGACAUACAGGAAAACUUGGUACACCAGCAGACACAGCUUGCUCUUGCCAGUGAACAGCUCCAGGAACGCAUGCUUCUUGUUUCAGAUGAACAAAAGUGUCUGGAUGAUUUGCGGGAGAAAACCAGACAGAUGAAGCUGCAGCUUGAAGCUGCGGCUGAUCACGACCCUCCAAUGCACCCACCGCCCUGUACUCCAAGUUCUAAAGCCAAAGAGUUGUUGAAAAAGAAGUUGGAACAAACUCAGAAAAAACCAGCUGUGCCCAUUUCUACCCCGAGCCCGGCAUCGCUUCCCAGUGCUGGGCGCCCUUCAGAGAAUACUGGUGACUUGGGUGAGGUGUCUGGGAAUGGGCCUAUGGUGCCAGUUUCCGACCAGAGGUUCACAAGCUCUACCCACCCCCAAGCAUGGCAUUGCCUCUACCGCAUGUGUCGAAAACCGGAUGGCAUUGACAAAGAGAUCUAUGACAAGUGGCAUUCAGGUGGUGCCAAGCGGGACCAGUUGCUCAAGGACUUUGUAUGUCGAUGCUUUGCCCCGGCUGAUGACUUCAACAAGAACAAGGCGAAGUUGCAGGCUUUGAUCACGCUUCGCCAAAAGACCAGCCAGUGGCGUCGCAACCUGCAAGGGUACUCAUGGCACACGGAGGAAGAGAUGAAAACAGUUCUGAAGUGGAGCCAGUCAAAAGUGGAUGGUGCCGUCAAAUAUUGCACGAAGCGAAAGAUGACCAAGAAGUGCAUCUACGAUGUGACUGCUUUGAAGUUUCUUGUCCAAACCAGGGAUGAUGUGGAAGCUGGGGAUGAGAAGAUCAAAGAACUAGAAAGUGAGAUGCGUGAGAUUGGCCUGUUCGAUUCGGAAUUUUCCUUAGGAGAUGUGCUGGAUGAAGGGGAAGAUGAACAGAGUGCAUCCCCGAACAACGGACCCAAGAAAAAGAAACUGGAGGAGUACCCUGAUGUUGAAGGGGAUGAGUCGCUCCCAGAAUACAUAGGCCAAUAUAAAAGGGCAUGCCUUAGCAGGAAGGCACUUUUGAAAACCACGAAAGAACGCUUGGAGAAGGACAAUGUGAGCCCAGCUGACUACAAGCUUCUUGGUUGCAGUGGGUUUCAACUCUUGUUCAAAGCUUCAUUUCAUGUUCUUCCCCAGCUAGUGGAAAUCCUAAACUUGUGGUGUUUCAGAUCCAAGGUCUGA